AUGCGCUUGUCGUCGCGGUGCAGAGACCAACCCCUGCGUCUCACCUGGCCUCAGGCUAAUGCGCUCCUGGGCGCGAACCCGCUAAAGGGCGGCGACACCGUCCUCGUCCUCGGCACCGGCGGCGUCUCCAUCUUCGGCCUCCAGAUCGCCGUCGCGAGCGGCGCGACCCAUGUCAUCAACUACAAGAAGACGCCGGACUGGGAGGAGGAGGUCCUCCGGAUCACGGGCGGGCGCGGCGGGGACCACGUCAUUGAGGUCGGCGGCGCGGGCACGAUCAACAAGUCGCUCGCGAGCACGCGGUAUGGCGGGACGGCUCGCGACAUGUCGAAGCUGCCUAGUAUCGUCCUCGGGGGAGCCCUCGUCCGCGGCAUCCUCGUCGGCUCGCGCACGCAGUUCGAGGCGCUCGUGCGGCUGAUCAACGCGACGGGGCUCAAGCCUGUCGUGGACAAGGUAUCCCCGUUUGAGGAGACGCGCGCGGCGUACGCGCAUCUGGAGAGCCAGCAGCACGUCGGGAAGGUGUGCGUGCAGGUUGCGAGGGACUGA